UGAAGAAAUGAUAGAAUUUUUUAAAAACCCCAAGGAAUUUAUUAUUUUGCAAGAAGAAAUUAAUGCAGAAAAAGCAGAAGAAAAUAAUGGGAAAAAAGUAAGUGAAAAUAAAUGGAAAAGAAAAUUAAAUGGAAGAAUCAUGAGAUUUAUAUUCCGAGAAAUGACUGAAAUUGAAAAGAAAUUGAAAAAGGAGAGGAAAAUAAAGGGAAAUGAAGAAAAAGAUGAAGAAAAAGAAUUAAAUAAUUAUUUAAAUGAUUUGCUAAAUGAAGAGUUUAAAUGGCUAAAUUUGGGAAUUAAAAAUAAGAUUUGGGAAUGGUUUUUGAAAUUCACAAAAUGGGGAAAGAAAAAAGUUGAGAAAAAUAGAAAAUUUGAUUUAAAUGUUUUUAAAGCUCUUAAAAAAGAUUUGUUGGCAAUUGAUGAUGGGAUUAAAAAUUGUUAUAAUUUAAAAGAUCCUCUGCUAAAAGUAUUACAAUAUGAGGAUAUAAAUGAUCCUAUACAUCAAGAAUUUCGUGGAAGGUUUUUAAAUUGGCGCACAAAUACUCGGAUCAGUUUACAACGCUAAACAAUUAACUAUGGAUGUUUUGAAAGGAAUGUUAUUAAGCAUAGGUGGUGCUGGUGCGAUUGCAGCAAUUUUAGACCUUGUUGUUUGGCCUUCAGUUAUUUUACUAAUUUUUUCAUUGUCUGGAAACAUUGUAGCUGCUCAUAUUGUUG